AUGGAUGUAGUGGGCGGUGGACGGUGCGCAAGGCUGCUGGGAUUCCAAACGGCGAUUAGACGCACUCGGAACGGUCGCACCAGUCAGUGUCUCCAUCAUUCCUCCCGGCUUACUCGGAGAGGGCUCCUCGGCGGAGGGCAGCAGGCGCCCCAAGUCGCCAUGGCACAAGUGUCGGUCGACAUGGAUCGAGGCGAUGGCAGCAGCCCUCAGCCAUCAACUCUAACACCCACAGGGGCCAUGUUGGUGCAGACGGCCAGCAGUCGAGCUGGGCAGGCAAGCCAUGGCUUUCUCUCCGCAAUCCGAGGCCAGGUUUCAGCGCCGGCCAGAGAUGGUGUAGAGCCAGUGAAGAAGGAUGGAUGGGGUGAAGGAAGAAUAUGCCUGGGAAAUGUGCAACCUGCCCAUGUAUCAACACGAUUGGGGUGGGCUGGCAGGCCGUUUCAUCGCAUCAGGACGACUGUGCUGAAUUGGGCGGAGGGCCAUCCCGACGACGGGGAUGGGCCGCUGAUUGGGGAUGAGGGGCAUCUGCGACCCACUCUGACCGCAACAUGUACCGCACCAUCACCACAAUCCUCACCUGUCCUCGUAUUGACUCGCCGAGAGCAAUUGCCCGCCAGUCCCGUUGUGCCGUCACCGUCGCCGUCACCGUCGCCGUGGCUGAGUACUGGUACUAUCCCUCCUGCUCCUCUGCAACUCGACGCCUUUGUGUUUAUGCCCCCUCAGACGGACCGCAUCCUCGCCGAACCGUACCAUCCUUAUUGGCCUUUUAAUCUCGGUCCACCAGCUCAGGCGCCCUUGGUUGUGCAAGAGCUAGUUCCAUGUGUCUACACUCUAUCUGGUGGCCUUGCUGCGGUGCGGCCCAUGACAGGCUCUCACACCUGCUAUUAA